UUAACAUUAUUCUUAUAUGCUAAGGGUACAUUAUACCAUUCAAAAUGCUGAUGUGGCUUUUUUUGAUUGGCAGAAGAUUUUGAUUGGCAAAACAAAAGGAAUUCAAUUUCUCGCCCAAUUUAUUUAUUUUUAUUUUUUAUGAAUUUUUAUUUUUAAAACCUAUUGCAUCAAAACCCAAAAUUGAAAUCCAAACCUUUCACUUUCAUUCCCAUUCCACUCUCCCGCUUUGAACCUCGACAGUGGCAUCUGACCCACAUAACCCAUGUAAUGGAUGGGCUCGCAGAUCAAUUUUCUCCUUCCCCGAUGUGGUAGCGGGUGGAUUUGAAGAUACCACCGGCUCAAAUGAGAAUGACAGGUGUUUGGAAGGGGAGUCACAUAAUGCCUCAAACAACAUGGUUGCUGAGAAAGCCAGCCACGGAGUGGAUGUUAACUCAUGUAAUUUUGUGGGCGACGAUGGUUUGGUUGAGGAAAGGUUAGGUGUGGAAAAUGAGAUAUUGGUGCCUAAGGUUGUUAUGAAAUUUGGGGACGAGACUAAGGUAUUUGAAUUCUACAAGAGGUAUGCUUAUCAAGUUGGCUUUCCUGUUAGAAAACGAAAUACAAAGAGGGGAGAUGAUAGGAUGGUACGGUAUGUGAGUUUCACUUGUAGUAGAGAAGGGCAACAAAACAGUAAGAAAAGUACUUUGCAUCCUCCGCCAACAAUUGAAACUGUGUAAAGCUAGGUUGACUGCGUGUUCUGAUACAUGUGGAAUAUUUCGAAUAAACGUUGUGCAUUUACAGCAUAACCAUAAAACAAGCCCAUCUAAGUCUAAGUUGUAUGGUUGUAAUCGUCAACUUAAUGAAUACAUCAAAAGAUGGCUUGAGGUAAAUGACGUAGCAAAAAUACCAGUGCAUAAAAGCUUUAAUUCAACUGUAAUGGAGGCAGGUGGUUUUGAUAAUAUGACAUGUUGAGAAAGAUUGUAGAAAUUUCACCGAGAAAGUGCGACGUUUAAGACUUGGAGAAUGGAAUGCUGCUCCUACAAUACAAGCAUAUUUCUCGAAAAUGCAAGUACGUAGUCCUCGCUGUUUCUUUAGUGUGGACUUGGAUGAAGAGAGUCAGUUGAGAAAUGUUUUUUGGGCAUAUAGCAGAUGUCGUGAAGCAUAUAGGGAAUUUCGAGAUAUCGUUACUUUUGACAUCACAUACUAACUUACAAGUAUGAUAUGCCUUUCGCACCUUUCGUAAGGGUAAAUCACCAUGGGCAUUCAACUCUUCUGGGUUGUAGUUUGGUUUCAAAUAAAGAUAUCAACACAUUUGUUUAGAUAUUUAGCACAUAGCUAGAAUGCAUGAAUGGGUGACCUCUCAACAGUAUAAUUACAGAUCAAGACCGAGCUAUGCAAAAUGCUAUUCAAAUUGUUUUCCCUAAUACUAAGUGUAGAUGGUGCUUAUGACAUAUAAUGAAGAAGUUACCGGAGAAGUUUGGCUAUCACAAUGCCAAAGGUUCAAUAAUGCAUGCUAUACAUGAGUUAGUCUAUGACACAGUAAGUUGUGAAGAAUCCGAAGAAGGUUAGUUGAAUAUGCUUGAUCAUCUUAAAUUACAAGAUCACGUUUGGUUAAAUGGACUAUAUAAUGAGAGAAGUCGUUGUGUUAUAUGCUACCUUGAAACAACAUUCUGGAUUGGUAUGUCUACCACAUAAAUGAAUGAAAGCAUGAAUGCAUUAUUCGAUGACUGUGCAUUCGAAAACAUCUUUAAAGCUUUUUGUCGAGUAGUAUGAGCGGGCGUCAAGGAGUAAAGUGGAAAAAAAAUUUCAAGCUGAUUUUAGAUUAUUCUUGGUUCCUUGUGCCAUUAAGUACGAUAUGGAGAAACAAUUUCAAGAUGUGUACACUAUCACAAAAUUCAGGGAGUUCUAACAAGAAUUCACAUGAAAGGUUUACUGUGAAGUAUUAUUUGCGAAAGACUCCUUCGUGUAAACGAAGUACGAGGUUCGAGAGGAUAUCAUUAUUGGCGUAGGAAUGAAGAAAAAAUAUUUAUAGUUUAUUUUCGUAGAGACAGUUGUGAGAUUGAGUGCAAUUGUCAUUUGUUUGAGUUUCGAGGUAUCAUUUUUAGAAACUCAAUAUCUGUUUUAAUUCGAAAUGAUGUACAGUUGCUUCCUGAGAAGUAUGUCUUGUGGAGAUGGAGGAAGGAUGUCACUAGAUCAUAUACACGGGUCCCAACAACGUACGAUGGUUUGGUUUCGACAGCUGAACAAUUACGAUAUGAGAGGUUUUGUCUUGCUUGUACUAAGAUGGCAAACUUGGUGGCGGCGAACGAAGAACAAUCCGAUCAUCUAUUGGAGUAGACUGAAUUCCAGACACACCAAUUGUCUAAAUUGAAAU